AGCUUCCAACUUAAAGCUCUCAGUUCAAACACCCACUACCAAUCAAAACAAAGCAGAUCAAAAAGCCUGCCGGCAGAGCAAAGGGUUCGCAAUAGAAUGGGGGUGUCCGCCUUCCAUUUCUGAAAAAUAAAAGAGAAAAUUGACUAAUAAUCUUAGAAGAUAGCACACAUAUGCACGCUGUAGAAGAAUUCGAGAGGGUUCCUCUAGUAAUACGCCGCCAAGUUUAUGCUUUAUUUUUGCAGGUGACGAUUAAGUGCCUCAUGUGUCACUCCAAGCAGCCGGCGAAACUCGUGCUUAUAGUAUUGCCGUUGCUGCUGCUUUGUUAUGGAAUUGGCAACAUCCAAUGUUCUGUAGUUCACGAGAACAGCGAAGAUUUUCACUCACUGCUAGAAUUCAAACGGGGCAUCACCAGCGAUCCAAAAGGAGCCUUGAGUAAUUGGAACCCCUAUACGCACUUCUGUCGGUGGAAUGGUGUGAACUGUAGCUCAACGCGACCAUGGCGCGCCACGGAGCUCAACCUCACCGGACAAAACUUGGCUGGCCAAAUCUCACCCUCUCUUGGAAACCUGACCUUCCUUGACACCCUUGAUCUGGGAAGUAACCUUUUGCACGGUGUUAUUCCUGAUGCACUUACAAACUGUUCCAACUUAGCCUACCUAGAUUUGUCUAAAAACAACCUCAUGGGUGUUAUUCCUCCUAGAAUAGGUUUUCUUACCAAGCUAGCUGAUAUCGUCCUUGACAAUAAUGAUCUCACUGGGGGCAUCCCGGCAGCCCUCGGAAACAUCACUUCUUUAAAAGUACUUAGUCUUAAACUUAAUCAACUCAAUGGAAGAAUUCCCCACGAGCUUUGGCAAAUGUCAAACAUAGUGAAGUUGGUACUAGCCCAAAAUAACCUAUCAGGUGGAAUCCCACAAACUUUAUCUAAUAUAUCUUCUCUUCAGAAAUUAUCCUUGGCGUACAAUAUGCUAGGCAGCACAUUACCAUCUAACAUUGGUGAUGCCCUUCCUAAUCUUCAGUUAUUGUACUUGGGAAACGACCACUUUGAGGGUCACAUUCCAGCUUCCCUAGGCAAUCUGUCAGGUCUAAAAGAAAUGGAUCUACAAAGUAAUCAUUUCACUGGCCAAAUCCCAAGCUCUUUUGGAAAGCUUUUACAGCUGACUUAUCUAAACCUUGCGGGAAACAAGCUUGAAGCAAGGGAUAGUAAAGGUUGGGAAUUCUUCCAUGCCCUGGCAAACUGUAGUUUUCUAAAUGCACUUUCGUUGUCUAACAAUCAGCUACAAGGAGCCAUACCAAAUUCGAUUGCUAAUUUGUCCACCAAUCUUACAUAUCUUCUAUUGGGCGGAAAUAACCUAUCAGGAAUAGUCCCCCCAAGUAUCAAAAAAUUUAAUGGUUUAAUUGAGCUGGCACUAGAUUUCAACAAUCUUACAGGUACAAUUGAAGACUGGAUCGGAAAGCUGACGAAUCUGCAACAUUUAAAUCUCCAAUCGAACAACUUCAUUGGGACAAUUCCACCUUCCAUUAGUGAUCUUGCACAGUUGAAUUAUCUGUCUCUUGCGAAAAAUAAAUUCACUGGUUUUGUGCCACCUAGCUUGGGAAACCUUAAAUCAAUGUCGACAUUGAACUUCAGCUAUAACAGUUUCCAAGGAAGCAUACCUGCUAAGUUUGGUAACUUUAGGCAGCUCACCACUCUAGAUCUUUCGUCAAACAAAUUUAAUGGGGAAAUUCCUGAAACUUUGGGCCAAUUUGAACAGAUACAGACCAUUCAAAUGGACCAAAAUUUUCUUACAGGAAACAUUCCAAUUACCUUCAGCAAUCUAAAGAGCUUGAGCAUGCUCAAUCUUUCCCAUAACAAUUUGUCAGGCCCCGUACCAGCUUAUCUAAAUGAUCUAAACUCUCUCACUAAACUAGACCUAUCUUACAAUAAUUUCCAAGGAGAAAUACCAAACAGUGGUAUAUUUGAUAAUGCUACAAUUGUUUCACUCGAUGGCAACCCGGGACUGUGUGGAGGAGCCAUGGAUUUGCAUAUGCCCCCAUGCCAUUUUGUUCCUAGAAGAGUAGGAAAAGCAAACUAUUUGAUCAAAAUAUUGAUCCCAAUAUUUGGGUUCAUGUCGCUUGUUUUAUUGAUCUACUUUUUACUCGUCGAGAAGAAGACGCCAAGAGGAUAUCUAUCACAACAAUCUUUUGGUGAGCAUUUUGAGAGAGUCACUUAUAAUGACCUAGCCCAAGCAACACGGGACUUCUCAGAAUCCAACCUGAUUGGAAGAGGAAGCUACGGCUCGGUGUACAGAGGGAAAUUGAAGGAAAGUAAAAUGGAAGUGGCUGUGAAGGUUUUCGACCUUGAGAUGCGAGGAGCAGAGAGAAGCUUCUUGGCAGAGUGUGAAGCACUGAGAAGCAUUCAGCAUCGGAAUCUUCUUCCCAUCAUAACUGCUUGCUCAACUGUAGAUAAUGCAGGCAAUGUUUUCAAAGCUUUAGUUUAUGAUCUCAUGCCUAAUGGGAGCCUGGAUACAUGGCUACAUCACAAAGGGGACGAGGAAACUCCAAAACGUCUAGGCUUGACUCAAAGAAUAAGCAUAGCUGUUAACGUAGCUGAUGCAUUGGAUUAUUUGCACCAUGAUUGUGGGCGGCCCACUGUCCAUCGCGACUUGAAACCCAGCAAUGUUCUUCUAGAUGAUGAUAUGAAUGCUCUUUUGGGAGAUUUUGGAAUUGCACGUUUCUAUGUUGAUCCUCAGUCAACAUGGGCAGGUUCAGUAAGUUCCAUUGGUGUGAAAGGGACUAUUGGAUACAUUCCUCCAGAGUACGGGGGAGGCGGCCAUGCGUCCACGUCUGGGGAUGUUUAUAGUUUUGGGAUACUGUUGUUGGAGAUUUUGACAAGCAAAAGGCCGACAGAUCCUAUGUUCGUGGACGGACUGGAUAUCAUCAGCUUUGUGGAGAACAGUUUUCCCGAUCAAAUAUUUCACGUCAUUGAUGCUCAUCUCGUGGAAGAAUGCAACAACUCAACUCAAGAAAAGAAUGUGCCAGAAAAUGAAAUCUACCGAUGCUUGGUAGAUCUGCUGCAAGUAGGACUUUCUUGCACGCGUUCAUUACCAUCUGAACGAUCCAACAUGAAGCAAGUAGCCAGCAAAAUGCAUGCAAUCAAGACGUCACACUUUGGAUGGAAGUACAAGAAGUAAGAGUAAGGGUAAUCCCUCAGUAGGGUGAGCUAUACAAUGUGUUUGGAACAUGCACGCAAUCUAGUGUACGGAGUAGUAUACAAGAAUAAAAAUCUUGCCUUGCAACAGAUUUACAAUAAAAAAAAAGCUGGUAAA